GAAGAUGAUGAGCCCGCUGGUGUUGGUCACUGCUCUCGCUCUUCCUUUGGCCGAAGCAUUCGCCUGGACAGUGAAUCCCAACUACUACGAAAUCGUGUCGCUGAACGACUUCUGCGACAACAAAGAGAACAAGAAGGACCUGCGCAACACGUCGCAGAGCAAGUCCGCGGCCAUCGUGACGGCGACGCAGUUCCGCGACAUGCGUGGCAGCAUCAAGGACGGCUGCUCCAUCGACCUGUCCACCAAGGGGACGGCGGGCCUGAUCGUGUCCCUCGUCGAGAUGAACCUGCGCUCGGGUGUGCUGAACCGAUCCUGCAUCGACUACGUCAACAUCGUGACCAAGUUCCACAUCCCCAGCGACAAGGACGAGCGCUGCGGUCGCGUGCGCGCCGACGAGUUCCGCUACUUCGCCACAUCGCAGUCGCUGCAGCUCAGGCUUCACUCGCGCACGCCGCUGUCGACGUUCUUCGACGGCUACACCCUCGCCGUGGUCGUCACCAGCUUCACCGAAGCCUCGUCACGUGACGGCCGCUGCGCCCCGCACGAGUUCCAGUGCGUGGCCGGCGGGCGCUGCAUCUACAAGCACUACCAGUGCGACAACAUCAACAACUGCGGCGACAACAGCGACGAAGAGCAGCUGGGCAACUCCAUGUGCUUGAUGCCAUUCAGUUCCCUGGUCCUGAUCGCCAUAGGAACCGUGCAGUUCGCAGUCACGUGGCUUCUCGUCCUUUGUUGCUGCAUUCGGAGCGCCCUCUCGUCGAAACAGGCGGUGUUGGAGGACCGCACGGAGGUGGACACGCCCCAGAUUCCGAGCAGCACGCUAGCGGCCCCGCGGCGCAGCACUGCAAGCCUGGAGGACAACGAACGGGGCACCAUCAGCGAAGAGAUGCAGACCGAGGCCCUGACUCCAGAGGGCGAUGCCCAGCUCUGGGGUCUAAGCCCCGUCGCCCAGGCCAAGAGCUCACUGUCGCGCGCCUAUCGCGGUCCCCUGUUCUCCUCCAUUAGGAAGAAGGAGUCGGAAGAACAAGUGCCCAUGUCGCCCACGUUGUAG